AACCGGCAUCCGGAGCGUUACGUCAUCAGAUCACGUGAUCAUAAUACCAAACUUUGGUUUUACCGCGAAACGGCGCUAUCCUCCUCCUCCAGCGUCAGUCCGAGGUUUUAACGGUGGAAUAAAGAAUUAAAUCGCUGUUUUUAUGCUCCGUGUUUCUGUUUUAUCGCCUCAGGAUGUUCUGUGAGAAAGCCAUCGAGUUAAUCAGAGAACUUCACCGGAUGAGCGACGGACAGCUGCCCGCGUUUAACGAGGACGGACUCCGGCAGGUCCUGCAGGAGAUGGAGGCUCUGUACGAACAGAACCAGAACGACGUCAACGAGGCGAAGACUGAGGGUCGAGCUCAGCUGAUUCCCUCCAUCAAACUGCGGCACUGCUGCCUGCUGAGGAACCAGCGCUGCGUCACUGCCUACCUGUACGACCGCCUGCUGAGGAUCCGAGCUCUGCGGUGGGAGUACGGCAGCGUGCUGCCCGCCAACGUUCGCUUCCACAUGUGUGCGGAGGAGGUGCAGUGGUUCAGUCAGUAUAAAAAGUCUCUGGCCUCCUUCAUGCGUUCUCUGGGGGGAGGGGAAGGUCUGGACAUCACUCAGGACAUGAAGCCUCCAAAGAGUCUUUACAUCGAGGUGAGGUGUCUGAAGGACCACGGAGAGUUCGAAAUCGAUGAUGGAACCGUGAUUCUGCUGAAGAAGAACAGUCAGCACUUCCUGCCGCGGUGGAAAUGUGAGCAGCUGAUUCGUCAGGGCGUCCUGGAGCAUGUUGUGUCCUGAGGCCGUGUAACAGGCGAGUCAUCGUGAUGGCGGCUCAGCGACGCUGUGAUGACGAUAAGAUGAUGGAAAAUAGUUUGUUUUUCUAGAUGUUUCAGUUCAGUUUGGUCAGAAUCACAUGACACUGAACACGUCCUCAGGUUCACAGCAUCUGUCUGUCCAUGUGGUCUGAACGGAGACGAGAUCGUCCACACAUUGAUCCAGUUCAAGGCCACUGAUCGACUGAUCAACUGAAAAUAAGCUGCAUCUGUUUUCAGAUCAGCCAAAGUUAGUGAAUGAAAAUGACCACACACACACACACACAGUUCUCUGAUCCUGUCUGUGCUGCUUCACAAUAAAAGCCAGCAACAGUAUUUUCAUGUGACGCUGAUUUCAAAAUAAAGCUAACAUAACGCUGACUGUGAAAAUCUUCAUCUUAUUCUC